AUGGAUUUUUUCCACGUUUCCUGAAAAUCUUAUCUUCCACCCCAGCUUUUGGUCCGACCGUUGGUUUCUUGAAGGUAUCUUUGCUUCGUACUUCAUUCCUCUAUCGCCAAGUUCAUGCCUGUGGGUCAAUAUUACAACUCCUGGUUGUGGCGAUAUCCCCGUAUCCCAUCUUACAUUCUUUCUUGCCUUUUCCAGAGUCUAG